CUUUAAACCUGAACCCAACACGAGUUCGUGUCCGGUUCCGUCUCGGUGCUGUUCUCUGACCGUGUUAUCCCCCGUGGCUGCGCUCAAUCCCGCUGUUUUUGCGCGUUUUCCCCAAAUCUCUUGAAGACUUCACAAUCAAAACAAAUCGACCACGCGUGCUUUUCCCGCAGCAAUGACGUCACGUAGGCCCUCCCCCAGCAAGUAAACAAAACAGGAGAAAGCUGUCAUGUCAGCCGACGUAACAGCGCUCAAAGCUGGAAAUAUGAAGCGAGGCAUUUAACAGACGUUUUUCUCGUGUUUUGGGACCGGUUCGGGAGAUUUAUCGGUCCGUCUGAGUCGCACUGGAGCGAUUUAAGGGAGAGGCGGAAGUGAAGUCACUUGAUAGACCGUCCAUGUUAUUAUUGUUAUUUUGGUUAGCCCUGGGAUGAGACGGGCUGGGGAGUCGCUGCUCUCCGAGACAGCGAGCGUUCACGGUGCUACCGCAGGCCACUCCGGACCGAACCGACGCCACCCUCACCGCCGCCGCCUCCUCCAGUCCUCGUUGACUGACCCCGGAGACGGGAGCCUCGCUGGCGGCUGGGUGAGGGGAAGGAGGAGGGUGUGAAGACCCAGCUUCACUCAGCUCGGCUCCUGCACUCCAAAAAUAAAACGGCGACAAAAGCAAUAACGGCGUUCGGCUCCGCUUAGCAGAACCGUGCCGCCGCAGACAUGAACGGUAUCACCAAGAGCCGGUUCGAGGUAUUUUCAAACAGCGACGAAGCUCCCAUAAACAAAAAGCUCCCCAAAGAGCUUCUCCUCAGAAUAUUCUCCUACCUAGAUGUGGUUACACUCUGCAGGUGUGCACAGGUGUCCAAGGCGUGGAACGUCCUGGCUCUAGAUGGCAGCAACUGGCAGAAGAUCGACCUUUUUAACUUCCAGACAGACAUCGAGGGGCGGGUGGUGGAGAACAUUUCGAAGCGUUGUGGAGGCUUCCUGAGGCAGCUCAGCCUCAGGGGCUGCCUGAGCGUUGGAGAUGCCUCUAUGAAGACCUUUGCUCAGAACUGCAGGAACAUUGAGGUCUUGAACCUGAACGGCUGCACAAAGAUCACAGACAGCACCUGCCUCAGCCUCAGCAAGUUCUGCUCCAAGCUCAAACAGUUGGAUCUCACUUCCUGUGUGUCCAUCAGCAAUCACUCCCUCAAGGCCCUCAGCGACGGCUGCAGGAUGCUGGAGAUGUUGAACCUGUCUUGGUGUGAUCAGAUCACGCGUGACGGCAUCGAGGCCUUAGCCAGAGGCUGCACCGGUUUACGAGCGCUGUUCCUCCGAGGCUGCACGCAGCUAGAUGAUGGAGCCCUGAAGCACCUACAGAAGCACUGCCCUGAACUCACCACCAUCAACAUCCAGUCUUGCACACAAAUAACUGAUGAUGGUCUGGUCAGUUUGUGUCGGGGAUGCCACAAGCUGCAGAUCAUCUGCGUGUCCGGCUGCAGCAACAUCACUGAUGCCUCUCUCACUGCACUGGGACUUAACUGCCCUUUACUCAAGAUUCUUGAAGCUGCGCGAUGCUCCCAUGUUACAGACGCCGGGUUCACGGUUCUCGCCAGAAACUGUCACGAGCUUGAAAAAAUGGACUUAGAAGAAUGUAUAUUGGUGACAGACAACACCUUGGUUCAGCUGUCGAUCCACUGCCCUCGGCUGCAAGCGCUGUCCCUGUCUCACUGCGAGCUGAUCACUGAUGAUGGCAUCAGAGCUCUGAGCAGCAGCACCUGCGGGCAGGAGCGCCUCACUGUGGUGGAGCUGGACAACUGCCCCCUGAUCACCGACGUUACCCUGGAGCACCUGAAGAACUGCCACCGCCUGGAGCGCAUCGAGCUCUACGACUGUCAGCAGGUCACCAGGGCCGGCAUCAAACGCAUCAGGGCACAGCUGCCAGAGAUCAAGGUGCAUGCAUACUUUGCGCCGGUAACACCCCCUCCCUCUGUACAUGGAGGUGGCCAGCGUUUGUGCCGCUGCUGCAUCAUCCUCUGACAGUGGAGGGCCAGGGGGGGGCACCUCUGUUUACAGGUCCUGCUGCUCUGAUCUGAUCCGGG